UACGGCCUCGCCUGUGGCUGCGCGAGGCGGCUCGGGGUGCUCGGCCCUGGGGGGAAGGGAGAGAAGGGGGCGGGCAGAGGAAAGGAGCGAGCCGAGGCCGGCGGCUGGCGGGGAAGGCUGUCGGCCGAGGGGAGGCUCUGCUUGCGGCCGGAGCGUGCCGGGGAUCCCCGCAGAGGUAGGAGCGGCGCCUGCGGUCGGCUCCCCGGUUGCGGGGCGAGGUGCGUGCGGUGACAGCGCCUGCCGAGCAUGGCGAGCUACCUGCCUCCCUGCGUGGUGGACUGUGGCACCGGGUAAGAGCCGCUCGUCCUCGCCACCCUCGCCCCCGCCUCUCCCCCGGCCUUCCCUGCGCUCUCCAUGUCCCUCACCUUGCCGUUCUGUCUUCGUCGGGCGCCACCUUUCCCUUGCCCUUCGCCCCAGCUCCACAGCCUGAGGCGUCAGGUAUACCAAGCUUGGCUAUGCAGGAAACACUGAGCCUCAGUUCAUUAUACCGUCAUUGGCCUAUAAGACAUGGUAUAAUUGAAGAUUGGGAUCUCAUGGAAAGAUUCAUGGAACAAGUAAUUUUUAAAUAUCUUCGAGCUGAACCUGAAGAUCACUAUUUUUUAAUGACAGAACCUCCAUUGAACACACCAGAAAAUAGAGAGUACCUUGCAGAAAUCAUGUUUGAAUCAUUUAAUGUGCCAGGACUCUACAUUGCAGUUCAGGCAGUGUUAGCUUUAGCAGCAUCUUGGACAUCUCGUCAAGUUGGUGAACGCACCUUGACAGGAAUAGUCAUUGACAGUGGGGAUGGAGUAACCCAUGUCAUCCCAGUGGCAGAAGGUUAUGUAAUUGGAAGCUGCAUCAAACACAUCCCUAUUGCAGGUAGAGAUAUUACAUAUUUCAUUCAACAGCUCCUAAGGGAGAGGGAGGUGGGAAUUCCUCCUGAGCAAUCACUGGAGACAGCAAAAGCCAUUAAGGAGAAGUACUGUUAUAUCUGUCCUGACAUAGUUAAAGAAUUUGCCAAGUAUGAUAUAGACUCACGUAAAUGGAUCAAACAAUACACAGGCAUCAAUGCAAUCAACCAGAAGAAAUUCAUUAUAGAUGUUGGUUAUGAAAGGUUCCUUGGACCUGAAAUUUUCUUUCAUCCAGAGUUUGCUAAUCCAGAUUUCAUGGAGUCCAUUUCAGAUGUAGUUGAUGAAGUUAUUCAGAAUUGUCCCAUUGAUGUUCGACGUCCUCUGUAUAAGAAUGUUGUUCUUUCAGGAGGAUCCACAAUGUUCAGAGACUUUGGACGUCGACUGCAGAGAGAUUUGAAAAGAGUGGUAGAUGCCAGAUUGAAGCUUAGUGAGGAGCUCAGUGGUGGAAGGAUAAAGCCUAAGCCUGUAGAAGUUCAAGUUAUAACACACCAUAUGCAGCGCUAUGCUGUAUGGUUUGGAGGCUCCAUGCUUGCAUCAACUCCGGAAUUCUUUCAAGUUUGCCACACCAAGAAGGACUAUGAAGAAUAUGGCCCUAGCAUUUGUCGUCACAAUCCUGUCUUUGGAGUUAUGUCAUAGUGUUUGCCUUUUGAAAAAAGUAAUUCAGGUAGUCUCUUGUAGGUCAAGAAGUGUCCUUUGAAACCAGAGAAGAUAUAAGUUGCUGUAAAUAGUGAUAUGAUCAGAUGUUUAUGUCCAUAAGCUUUGGGAGUGCUUGGAUCACAAAGCUGAUAAGGCACUAAGUCUACAUACAAUUCAGAAUCAUUUCAAGGAAAGCCAUUUAUGUCUUGACUGUUUUAAGCCUACCCAUUCCUUCCUUCCUAAAUGUGGGCUUAUAGUUAAAAGGCAUAUCUCAGUUUCUGAGAAAAUAUAAACAUCGUUUAAAAUAAUUGUUAGAAGAAAUGAGAUACUGGCAGUCUUGUCUCCCCUAGAAAGGAAAUGGGGAUGUAAACCUUUUCUCCCCCACCCUAUUUUUGUAAAUAAAAAUUACAGUACAAAUUGAUGUUUAUAUUUCAUAUCAUUUUGUAUUUUAUGGUAUUUGGUACAACUGAAUGAUGAGUUAUAAGCACGAAUCCAUAUUGCUGUCAUGAAGUUCUAUUCUAAAGAAUUUUUCAUUGUAAGGCAUGUGCCAGUGUGUUUGUGGGCAAAAAGACAAAAUUGGACAAAAAUGUUUGCCACACAUCUGCUACAGAAUGUAUUGAUUUGUUUGGAGUAACAUGAAAUUGAAAUGCCUAUCAGUGUUGUAUAAGAGUUAUUACAACUGAUAUUUAUUUUAGUUUUCUUGUUUGAAAUUUCUGAAGCUGUUUUAUAGAAGACAACAUUUUGGUGUUGGUCAGUGGUGGAUGAAUACUACCUUGCCCUGUUGUAAUAAAAGCUGUUAACAUCUUUACAAAUG